UCCCAGACACUUUUAUCAAGGCUGGGUUACACUGCAUGCAUACACUCUCCUGCCACCCAUUCCGACUGAUGGAUACCCAUUGAGGGGUUGAACUAACUAGUUACCAUCAGCUCACCCACUAGACCACGCUGCACGAUAGAAUUUGCAUGAAUAUAUAUUUUAUAUUAACCUAUAAUGCUGUAGGGUGAACAAUUUAUGUAAAUAAAAUGCAGCCAGGGGAGUAUGGAAAUGAGUGUUUUCUCUCUUUCUUGCUCUUUCAUCUCUCUCUCUUUAAUUAUUUCUCCCCCUUAUACCCACUGUGAUUGUGCUCAUCUCUUUCUUUCUCUCUCAUCUCCCCCCUCCCUCUCCCAAUCUCUAGCUGUAGGCUCUCUCCCUCUGGUCCUUAGGUUGCUGUGCCUGAUGCAGACCAGUGGCUCCACUGAGAAUGAGAUGGACGGCAUCCACUUUAAACUGCUCUACCACGUGAGUAACCUGACAGGGAAGCUGAAAGCCUCCAACACAGAGUGCCUGCUGCCAGCCUUCAGCUACCUGUACUGCUGUCUGCGUCUGUCCCCCCCUCAUUGCACUGACAGAGCUGUGUCCAUGCUGCUGUGUAACACCGGGCUGAUGGACCAACUGCAGGCUACGCUGAACCUCUCCUCCUCCUCUUCCCUCGCUCCAUCCCUCUCUCCUACGUCUGCCCUGCUGUGCUGCUCCCGUCUGCUCCUGUCUUCCCUCAUCACCCUGCAGCACACUCAUUCUGCUCAGGUCCAUAGAAGCAUCAGGUUGAACCUGGGCAGCACGGUGCAGGCUCUGGUCUUUGGGAAGAGGAAGACAGGCAGCCUCUUACUGGCUAGUUCCCUGAGGCUGCUGCAGGCUGUUCUAGAUGUUGACCUGGAGUCUCCAGUGCUGUGUGUGAAUGUUGGCCCCGGGGUAGGACAGAGGCCCCUGGGGGACACGGACAGCUCUCUGUACCCGCUGGCAUCCUACGGGGCCCACUGCCUCAUCACCGCACUCUACGGCCUCCUGCUGCAGAAGCAGGAGCUGUUGCUCAGUGUGUCAGUGAACUGCCUGGGUUCUCUGCUGGGGUUUCUGCAUAGGAGAAGCCCAUCUACAGCCUAGCAUGUGGUGUGUCAGCCCUGGAGUCGCUUCCUGCUCUACUCUCUGCUCAACUCUGGAGAGAGCUGCCUGCUGCACCCAGCCACACUCACACUACUCACAUUGCUGUUGCGGUAUGGCAGUAGGGUGGUGGUGUGGGAGCCAGACCUGUGUCAGGUGUUGGAGGCGGUGGAGAAGAGAGGCCUGAAGGAGCUGGGAGAGAACACAACACAGGCCCUGAGACAGCUGCUCACACAGCUCCACUGCAGUAUAUUCCACCCCCCUCCUACAGAGGAGAGCAGACUGAGGGCCAAUACUCUGAUGGAGUCACUGAACUCCCUGCCUCCCACAGCCAACGACAACCUGCCCAUCAGCAUUCUGCGUGUUGGAGAGAUGUCGGUCUGCCUGUCUGACUUCACUGUGAAGACAGACGGACACAUUGGCUCUCAGUUAUAGACCUUUUUGUUGUGAGAGGCUACAUUAUUGAUUUACUUGAUUUAUUUAUCAAUUUAUUUAUGGCUGUUUUUGCAACCAAACAGCCUUAUCCUGAAGAGGUGUCUGGUAGGACUCCUGUCAUAUUAUUACUGAUUGACAGCGUCAAUAAAAAAAACUAGGGGGGAGCAUCCAUUCAUUUGCCUUUAGGUUUGAGGUCUUUCAAUAAUAUAAGUUUAUCAUAAAGAAUUGUUGGG